UUUUUUCAGCUGAAUUGGAGUUUGUCCAGAUCAUUAUCAUAAUCGUGGUCAUAACUGUAAUGGUGGUUGUAAUUGUCUGCCUUUUGAAUCAUUAUAAACUGUCUACGUGGUCCAUCAUUAACAGACAAAGCCAAAGUAGAAGACAGGAAGAAGCCCUACAGCCGGAAAGGUGUUUGUGGCCUUCAGAUAACUUAGAGUCACGACAAGGAGCAUCAGAGAUCAUGUACGCAUCAAGGUCAAGAGACAGAUUCACGACUCCUUCCUUUAUGCAGAGAGAUCAUUUUAGCCGCUUCCAGCCAACAUAUCCUUAUAUUCAGCAUGAGAUUGACCUUCCACCUACUAUUUCCCUAUCUGAUGGAGAGGAGCCUCCACCCUACCAGGGUCCAUGUACUCUGCAGCUACGGGAUCCAGAACAGCAGAUGGAACUUAACCGAGAAUCUGUCAGAGCACCUCCAAACAGGACCAUUUUUGACAGUGAUUUGAUAGAUAUAUCGAUGUACAAUGGGGGUCCCUGCCCACCUAGCAGCAAUUCGGGCAUCAGUGCAACCAACUAUAGCAGCAAUGGCCGAAUGGAAGGGCCACCACCAACCUACAGUGAAGUUAUGGGAAACUAUCCAGGCUCAUCGUAUUUCCACCACCAGCAAAAUAACACCUCUCCUCCUUCUCAGACAAGUAGUAGACUUACAUUUCAAGCAAGUGAUGCAGAGAGCACAGUAGUUCCUGUCAAUGGAAAAGACAGACAGCCAGGGAACCUUGUUUGA